AUGCGUUCGAUUUGGAUCACUGCAAUUAUUAUACUAUUAUUGUUCAUUACUGUAGGAAGAUCUGAUGCAACAUUGAAAAAUCAAACAGGUGAAGGUCGCCGUUAUUACUGGAAUCAACUGUACGAGAUGCCACAAUGGCAAACACAACAAGGCUGGGUACCACAACAAAACUUGAUGCAACCACAAAGUGUAGGAUGGGCACCACAACAAGGUGGAGGAUGGGCAUUACCACCAGGUGGAAUGCCAAUCCCAGGAUGGGUACCAUCAUCAAUGCAACCAACUCGGCCACCAUUUUUAUGGACUCUUUUUGACGACAGAAAUGUUUGUACAUUGGACGCGUCAAUAUUAGUUGUUUUGGAAAAUGAUGAAUCAACUGCGUCGGCAGGUUUAAAUGUCAAUGCACAACCGCCACCUUCGUAUUACGGUGGUGAUUUAUCCUCAAAUGCAGUAAGGAUGUCAUGUGCAAAUAUAGCGACCACAUCCACGCAAGCAUGCACAUCUUGCUGUAAAAUGUCUUGCAAGCAUUACGCCAUAAGCACAGGAGAUGUUCAUGGAUUUUUAAUAAAUUCAACACGACUCAUUGCUGGUCAAUUCCCAGAUAUCACGUUACCACAAUUUCAACAAAUGAAACGAGGAGGAUCGAUACCACCAUUAACCCUAUCACCAUUGCCACCAAUAUCCUGUGUGUGCUGUGGACCGCGACGUUUCUUCACCAGCUGGUCUCCUUCGGUACCUAAUCCACCGUCACAAUCAAUUUGA